GCCAUCACGGCCAUCUGCUACGAUAUUGUGGCACCAUACGUCGUCAUGACCCGCGUAGUCGCUUCAGCGAAGCCGGAUUAAAGAUCAUGCGACUUCAACACCAGGCCGACGUUGUUCGAUAAUCGGUCCUCGGCGACGGAAACAGAGCGAUUCCCUAUCACGGCCAUGAGCUUUGACAAAAGCGCAAGCAAAUCAACACGAGACAAGAUCGUGGACAAUGCCGGCCUGGGGCGUCUCGGCUUCUUCAGGCUAGAUACUCGAAGCUGGCCGAGUAAUUCAUAAUCAGCCUGCCUAAGACUUCGAUGAUGCCUGCUCGUCUUGGACUCGUAAGUCCUGAUCGAUUAAUGCCCGGACAAAAUGGCUUAACGAAGCACGGUGCUUCGGCUACUGUCGUGAUCCUCCUGCGAGGGGCGAAAACGAAGAACAGACGAACACAACUUUCACCGGCCAACUUCCGCCCAACCGUGCACUUUCCGACUCACGUGAGCACGCGAAAGCAGCAAGUGGGGUCGAUGGGUCGUCUCCGAUGAUCGUACCCCACAGCUCCACAUUGUGGCGUGUCGGAAGCUACUUUGC